GCGUAUUUUCAUUUGUGAACGAGUUUGGUCGCUUAGAGAGUUAACGUUUGUUAUUUUUAGUUAAAAAUUGUAACAGUGAAGUUCAAUGACAAAAUUGUGGCAAAAAUGUCGAAGUGUUUUGUGCUAUUCAUAGGGACAACCAAACAAAACGUUUAGUGAUAGCUAAAUAAAUUAAAUAAAAUCAAAUAAAGGAAAGAACAUUAACCAUUGCUGCCAUAACAUAACCCAUAUAACGCACACACACAUUUUGCAUAUGUAUAUGUACAUCUCCGAUAUAUGUAUGCAUAUACAUUCUUGAAUAGCAUCAAAGUCAACAAAUCAUCAAACAAAAAACUGAAAAUCUCUCCAUAAAUGUAUAAAACGCAUAGACCAGAGAAAUAAUUCAAACUUAACUGAAAGGAAAAACGAAAAAUAUUUAAAGUGAAAUAAAAUUCAUCAUUCCAACGAGAUUAAUAUGGCUUUACCUAAAAAGAUUAAAUGUUUUAAAUAUUUAGUUUACAGUUAUGUAUUCCUUUUAGCGUUAACUGGAGCAGCUCAAAUAUUUCUGGGAACAUCCCUUCUAUGGGGACACUCCGUUUAUUAUGGAAUUGUGCAGAAUAAGUUGUGGGCGCCUGCCGCAAUACUCCUAUGUCUAGGACCUGUUACCUUUAUUCUAUGCUGGAUGGGUUGUCAGGCAACGAAUCAAAGGAAACGUUGCCUUCUUGGAAUGUUUGCAGCUCUUUUAGUUGCUUGUAUAUGUGUUCAAUUCAUUAUCUGUGGCUGGUCCCUGGCAAUGCGAGAGAAUCUACCCACAUCUGUAGAGAUAUUCAUUGACGAUUCAUUUGUAGAAUUUUUGGACAAAUUUUCGCGUACUAAAGUUGACAAUUUACAUCUAUGGAAUCGUAUGCAGUCUCAGUUACAAUGCUGCGGUGUAGAUGGACCACUUGAUUAUCGCCGUCUCUCCUUGCCAUGGUCCUGCUGUUCUCGUCCUGAGCAUGCUUACGAAUCGGCUUGUGAUACCCAUUACAAGCGCGGAUGUUUGGCAGUCGUAUCAGAGCAGAUUAAGAAUCGAUUGUUAAUAACUGCUUUCGGUGCUGCCAUUAUAGCCAUAUUCCAGAGCUUGGGUAUCUUCUGCGCCGUACAUCUAACUAUAUUAUUUGGAAAGAACGAUAACACUCAUCCAAUCAAUAUGAAUCGAAAAAAGAAGCAACAACAAUUCCUACCACUUACCAUACAGGAUAAGAGGCAUGAUCUACCAUCGCCCAUUAAUUUGUCGCCAUCGGCUCCUGGGCAGCGGGUUUUAAAAACUGCUCUGCCACCGGCCAUGCAUAAAUGACAGACGAUUAGCUUUUAAGAUUAUAAAUUUAUGAAAACUCCAAAGCAAAAAGUUAUAAAAAAUGUUGUAAACUGAGAUGGAAUGAAUAUAUACUGUGACCCUCAAUGUUACGUUACGGUAAUUUAAAAAAAACAAAAAACAAAACAAAAAAUUUAACGUUCGAGAAAAGAAACAACAACAUUUGAAUUUGGAUUCAUUCUCCAGUAGUUUAAUUAAAGCUUAAAAACAACAGGA